AAGGUGACCCUGGUGCUUCAUGAGAUGAGACAGAAGAGGGAGGAGCAGAAGCUGAACUUGGGCCGGCUGACCCACAUGAUCAACUACCAUGAACAGAACCUGCUACAGAUGAGGAAGAGCCACGACAACGCAGUGCAGAGUCGCAAUGACAGAGGGGUACAGUUGCUGGAGCGUGAGGAGGAGAUGUGUAUUUUCUACGAGAAGGUGAAUGUUCAGGAGGGCCUGAUCAGAGACGGUAACAUAGAGAUGCAGGCGCUGGAGGAGGAGACGCGCUGCCUGCAGAUGAUCACCAAGGAAGAAGGAAGACAGACAGCCCUCAGCAGGAAACUGGUGCCCUGCCAGAGGAGACUGAAGGGAGAGAGCACCAUGCUGCAGAUACAGCUGGCAGAGUGUAAGGAAAUAUGCUGA